AACCAGAUAUGCUCGCCAACGUAACUUGCCAAAUAAAACUAAUCGAAAGCACACAAUGUCAGCGGCGAUCAGGAAUGAAGCUAACAGUAAGCCUCGAGACCGACGCUUGCGAUCCAACCUUCUCAUGAAGCUUGUGAUUAUGUCCGGAGUCGGAGCACUCGGCGGUUUUUGGUUGUUCUAUUCCGUGUGGGAAACACAGUGCUCGGAUUUACUCAAUCAGGCACAGAUUCGGCACAGUGCAGUUAUCGCCGAGCUUCAAGAACUACAUACUAAACAGACUAGUGCAUUACAGAAUUGCGUCGAAGGAGAUGCCACGAAGGAGAAAGCUUUGGCAGAACGAUUGAAAACCCAAAGCACCUUAGUGAUUAAGCACCAUGAUUUAUUGCAACAGUACGAUGAAGCAAAAUCGCGAAUAGCUCGUUUAGAAGUGGAACUCGAGGGUGUGACGCAAACAAAUCAAUCGUUGAAUGAGCAACUCGAAAGGCUACAAAAUGAAGUUGCGGAGUCAGCACGUUCGACACAGGGUGCCGAGAAGCAAAUCGUAUUGCUGCGUACUCAACUGGAGGCAACCAGAUCCGUGAUAAAGCAAUCGUGUGCUUUCAACGAAACUAUCGACAUGAGUUCGCAGCGACACAAAGAAGAGGUUUUGCAAAUAUACGCAGCCAUUCAAAGACAGAGUUUUGCGCAGCUCUUUCAACGAUUCGGCGAAGGUCCUUACGAAGUUGAAUUUCUGCUUUCCACCGAAUCGACUACGGAAACGGUUGCGCAUGAAACUUUCCGAGUAGAGUUGCUGCGAUCAAAAGAUAUGCCUCACACAGUUCUAACAUUUUUGAGCCUUGUGGAGCUCCGUCUCUACGACGGAACAACGAUUGCAGGAACAGAUGGGACAGUCAUCAGUGGUGGGAUCCCCAAACAAGCUCAGACACGUGCGCAAUCGUAUCUUAUGAGAAUGUACGUGGAGCAUGGAUUUGGUUUUUCUCCUCUCGUAAUUGAAGAAACAUCUCCAACAAUGCCUUGCAUGGCGCAUACUUUUGGUUUUACUGAAAGAGGGCCUGGUUUUAUAAUUCCACUCGAGAGCAUGUCAAAGAACGAAAGCCCAUCUUGCCCCGGUCGUAUUUCGAGCGGCCGUGAUGUAUUGGAGCGACUAGCAAGAGACCGAGAGAGUCAGCUUACAAUUAUUGAAGCUAAACUUGUCAGUCGAGAUAUCGGUUCGCACGACACCGAGCUGUAG